GAUUUCAUUUGGAUUUUAGCUUGCAACUCGUGCGGUGGACAACUUUGGAGUUGUUCUUGUGUGUGUCUGUGUCCUAUACACCUACAAAUAAGCAUUUAUAUACUAUAUAUAUAUAUAUACUAAGUGCCCGCGAUGAAAUUCCUAAUCUGUGCACUGCUCGCCGCGGCGUCCUACGUGGCGGCUUCUGAAAUUAAACUGGAGGAGGGUGUCAUUGUAGCGACCGUGGACAACUUCAAACAAGUGAUUGCCGAUAAUGAAUUUGUGCUCGUCGAAUUCUAUGCACCCUGGUGUGGACAUUGCAAGGCUCUGGCUCCCGAGUAUGCCAAGGCUGCCCAGCAACUGGCCGAGAAGGAAUCUCCCAUUAAGCUUGCCAAGGUAGAUGCCACCGUUGAGGGUGAACUGGCCGAACAGUACCAGGUCCGUGGCUAUCCUACGCUCAAGUUCUUCCGCAGCGGAUCGCCUGUCGAGUACAAUGGUGGACGUCAGGCCGCCGAUAUUAUUUCGUGGGUGACCAAGAAGACUGGUCCACCGGCCAAGGACUUGACCAGCGUGGAUGAGGCCGAGCAGUUCCUGAAGGAUAAUGAGAUCGCGAUCAUUGGUUUCUUCAAGGAUGUGGAAUCCGAGGAGGCUAAGAUCUUCACCAAGGCAGCCAACGCUUUGGACUCCUUUGUCUUUGGUGUUAGCAGCAACGCUGAUGUUAUUGCCAAAUACGAAGCCAAGGACAAUGGCGUCGUUCUCUUCAAGCCCUUCGAUGAGAAGAAAUCCGUGUUUGAUGGCGAGCUGAACGAGGAGAAUCUCAAGAAAUUCGCCCAGGUUCAGUCUCUGCCUCUGAUUGUUGACUUCAACCAUGAGUCGGCUGCCAAGAUCUUCGGUGGUUCCAUCAAGUCUCAUCUGCUGUUCUUCGUGUCCAAGGAGGCUGGCCACAUUGAGGCCCAUGUUGAUCCAUUGAAGGAGAUCGCCAAGAAGUACCGUGAAGAGAUUCUGUUCGUGACCAUCUCAUCCGAUGAGGAAGAUCACACUCGCAUCUUUGAAUUCUUCGGCAUGAACAAGGAGGAGGUUCCCACCAUUCGUCUGAUCAAGUUGGAGGAGGAUAUGGCCAAGUACAAGCCCGAGUCUAGCGAUCUGUCUGCCGAGACCAUUGAAGCUUUCCUCAAGAAGUUCCUCGAUGGCAAACUGAAGCAGCAUCUGUUGUCCCAGGAAUUGCCCGAGGAUUGGGAUAAGCAGCCCGUCAAGGUGCUCGUCUCCAGCAAUUUCGAGGAUGUUGCCUUGGACAAGAGCAAGUCUGUUCUGGUUGAGUUCUAUGCCCCAUGGUGCGGUCACUGCAAGCAGCUGGCACCCAUCUACGAUCAGCUGGCCGAGAAGUACAAGGAUAAUGCCGACAUUGUGAUUGCCAAGAUGGACUCCACUGCCAACGAGCUGGAGAACAUCAAGAUCUCAUCCUUCCCCACCAUCAAAUACUUCCGCAAGGAGGACAACAAGGUCAUCGACUACAAUCUGGACAGGACUUUGGACGAUUUCGUCAAGUUCCUCGAUGCCAACGGUGAGGUUGCCGAUGCCGAGCCCGCUGAGGAGGCCGAAGAGGAGGAGGCGGCGCCCAAGAAGGACGAGUUGUAAAUUAACAACAUCUAUAUAACAACAAAAAUCCAACAAUAACAACAACACACACACACACUUACAAACAAAAACAAACAGCAACGUACAUUCUGUAGUUUAUUCUUGUCUUCGGCCAAGGAUCCAAUUCCAAUGAGUUUUUGUCAUUGCUCCCAGUCCUGGCCGUGGCUAAUUUCAAAUCCUAAUUUGUUUGCCUAAAAAAUAGCAUGAUUUUGUUGUGAUUGCAACGCAAUUUCACGCUCAUUCAUCGCAUUAAAGCGCGGAGCAUUUUGGCAGUGCCUUAUUGGCCGCGUUUUAUUGUGUGAUUUGCGUAGCCUAGAAUUCAGUUUUAUUGAAGUUGUAACCGAAAAUGAAAAUCGAUAAAUUUUUUAAUAUAUGUAAUCUUUUUUUAAGUUUUCUAUUUGGAAUUUGUAGAAGCAUUGAGAAAGAACUGAUUAAGGACUUAACAAAUAAAGUUGGUAACAACAUUAAAAACA